CUUGGGUGUUUUCCAGCCAUGUCCGGACGUGGUAAAGGUGGAAAGGGGCUAGGCAAAGGAGGUGCCAAGCGCCAUCGCAAGGUUUUACGUGAUAACAUUCAGGGGAUUACCAAGCCUGCUAUUCGGCGUCUUGCUCGGCGCGGCGGGGUCAAGCGCAUCUCUGGUCUUAUUUACGAGGAGACUCGCGGAGUGCUGAAGGUUUUCCUGGAGAACGUGAUCCGCGAUGCUGUCACGUACACAGAGCAUGCUAAACGAAAGACGGUAACUGCCAUGGACGUGGUGUAUGCUCUCAAGCGACAGGGGCGCACUCUUUAUGGCUUUGGCGAUCUUGUAGAUACGACCGCACGCAAAUCCACUGGUGGUAAGGCGCCCCGUAAGCAGUUGGCUACUAAGGCCGCCCGCAAGAGUGCGCCAGCCACUGGCGGUGUGAAGAAGCCUCACCGCUAUCGGCCGGGCACUGUGGCAUUGCGCGAGAUUCGUCGCUACCAGAAGUCCACUGAGCUGCUCAUUCGUAAACUGCCAUUUCAGCGUCUGGUGCGCGAGAUCGCGCAGGAUUUCAAAACAGAUCUGCGCUUCCAGAGCUCAGCAGUAAUGGCGCUGCAGGAGGCUUGCGAGGCUUACCUGGUGGGGCUGUUUGAGGACACCAACCUCUGCGCUAUCCAUGCCAAGAGAGUGACAAUCAUGCCAAAAGAUAUCCAACUGGCGCGCCUGUUUAUCAUGGCUCGUACAAAGCAGACUGCUCGUAAGUCCACUGGCGGUAAAGCGCCGCGUAAACAGCUCGCCACUAAGGCAGCCCGUAAAAGUGCUCCGGCCACCGGUGGCGUGAAGAAGCCUCACCGCUACCGGCCAGGCACCGUGGCGCUGCGUGAAAUUCGCCGCUACCAGAAGUCAACCGAGCUGCUUAUUCGCAAGCUGCCUUUCCAGCGUCUGGUGCGUGAGAUAGCGCAGGACUUCAAAACCGACCUGCGCUUCCAGAGCUCCGCUGUGAUGGCCUUGCAGGAGGCGUGCGAAGCUUACCUAGUGGGGCUUUUCGAGGAUACUAAUCUGUGUCUUGGCGGCUUUAUUUUCAUCAUGUCUGGACGCGGGAAGGGCGGAAAGGGUUUGGGCAAAGGGGGUGCCAAGCGUCACCGUAAGGUAUUGCGAGAUAACAUCCAAGGCAUUACAAAGCCUGCUAUCCGGCGCCUUGCUCGGCGCGGGGGCGUGAAGCGCAUAUCUGGUCUUAUUUAUGAGGAGACUCGUGGGGUUCUCAAGGUAUUUUUGGAGAAUGUCAUCCGUGACGCUGUCACCUAUACGGAGCAUGCCAAGCGUAAAACUGUUACAGCUAUGGAUGUGGUCUACGCACUCAAGCGGCAGGGUCGUACCCUCUAUGGUUUCGGUGGCUAAUCCUUAAGCCAAGUUUCUUCCACAAAACCAAAGGCCCUUUUCAGGGCCACCUAUCUGUUCAAUUGAAGGAGUGGUAACCAGUAGCAGUUGGUGGCCUUUUGUUGGCAUUCAGCGUAUGUAUGUUUACUGAUUUGAGGGCUUCUUGAUUUAUCUCAUAAAUUACCUUUAGCUGUGGACUUGAAAACUUGAUAUUUCCCUGUUCUAUAA